ACUGCAACCGUCAAUUAUUGUUUUGAUGCAUGUGUUUUUCGUUAUUUAUAUCUCGGCAAUCAAAAAGAAGAAUCUUUGCUUACUUUUCUUUUGCUAAUUAUUAUUUGAGAUUAAAAUGACAGAUUAUAAAGAAGAACAGAGGAAUGAAAUUGAAGCUUUAGAAUCUAUUUAUCCAGAUGAAUUGAAAAUUAUAUCGGACGACCCUGAGUAUUCUUUUACAAUGGACAUCAAAACAGAAAAUGCAACGGAUGAUCCCGAAGAAUAUGCUGCAAUAUCUCUCAAGUUUACAUAUGUCCCAACAUAUCCUGAUGAAGCACCUAUUGUGGAAGUUGCAGAUUUAGAGAAUCUUUCUGAUCAAGAUAUAGAAGAUCUAAUGGAAUUUUUGCAGAAUAUAAUACAAGAAAAUUUAGGAAUGGUCAUGGUGUACACUCUUGUUUCCGAGGCAUCUGAGUGGCUGAGUAAAAGAUUGGUGACAACUAUUUCUGAGAAAAAGAAAGCAGAAGAAUUGAGAAUACAAAAAGCAGAAGAGGAAGAAAGAACUAGAUUUGAAGGUGUACGAGUAACUGUUGAAUCAUUUAUGACAUGGAAGGCAAAGUUUGAUCAAGAAAUGGCUGAACUUAAAAAGCUUCAAGCAAAAGAAGAAGUAGCUUCAAAAAAACUAACUGGAAGAGAACUUUUUGAAAAAGAUAAAACCUUGGUUGACUCUGAUCUCAAGUUCUUGCAAGAUGAAGGAGAAGUGAAAGUAGACGAAUCUCUAUUUCAAGAACUGGAUGAUCUGGAGUUGCAAGAAGAUGAGGAAGAUCUUUCUUCAUAAAUAAUAAAAAAUUUAGACAUAAAAAAAAAUAGAUCAGGUGCCUAUAUUCUACUUCUAUUAAAAUGUAAUAGACAAAAAAAAAAAAAAAAAAAACCUGUUAGAAUUAACUGGUAUAAAUGAAUUGAGUUUUAUAUUCUUAUUUAUUAAAAAAAAAUGAAAAUGUUUUGCAAGACUUUAUUAA